AUGGAGCAGGUGAUCAAUUGGCGUCAACAGGAAUUAAGUUAUAAGAUAUCGGAUCGCAUAAACGUAACAUUAUUUUAUUUACUUAUUGGGGUAUGUCCAGUAAUAUUGCAUGGUUUAUCGGCUAUUGCGCCAUUUGUCGUGCGGUUAAUAACACAUCAGCUAUCGCAAAUUAAGAUAUGUGGUGCUUACGAUCCCGAAUUGGCACCAUGUCCAGGAAUGAAGGAUCGGUUGCAUGUCGAUGAGACAUAUGUAGAUGACUUUAACAAAACAUAUAAUAACAAAACAAUAGCGAUUAAACCAAGAGAUAAAGCUGGUAAGAAAUUCAGUUGGGCGAUUGAAGGCAUGUGGCAACAACCACAUCAAAAAUAUUCAUUAGCAAGAUCGACUUACGACAACCAAAUAUACAAUCGCUUGGUGAUUGAUCUUUCAUCAAGAAGUCUCAGGUACAGUCAAUCGAGUGUUACAAGACAAAUGUAUAUGAUAUCAAAUGGAAAUUUUAUUGAGCAUGACAUCACUGAUGAGCCAAAGACUAUCGAGAUUUUCCACGAAUUUGUAGACAACAAUUCAGCAAUUCAAAGUAACGCAGAAAUUGAAUGUGCUGGGUUUGGCGAUAUAGAGUAUAUUUCAGAUCAUAUCAAGCCAAUUCAUGUAUUGAACAUGCGAACUAUUCUGGCCCAAUGGUAUAUUGAAACGGCUAAUCUUGAUAUUUCUGAUAUGGAACCUUGGUGGGGAGGAGUCAAAUCCGGAGAAAACCUUCCUAACAACAGCAUAUUAAUAAGUAAUGAUAGUCUUUGGUUGCCAGCAGGCACGUCCUUCAGUUUUAGUAUCUAUGCUGGUGCACAAACUGCUGAUGUUCCUCCCAUAACACUGCAAUUAAUAUCCGAGCUUAUUGCACAUUUAAUUAACAAUCAGGUCUCGUAA